CCAGGGCUCGGCGGCGCUGAGGCCUGGCUUGCGUGCAGCGAGCGGGGUUGGGGGCACUGGGAGUGGCGGGAGCGCUCCCCGCGACCGGGGGGCAGCGCCAUGCCUCACAAGAAGAAGAAACCCUUCAUAGAGAAGAAGAGGGCAGUAACGUUUCACUUAGUGCACAGAAGUCAGCGGGAUCCACUUGCUGCUGAUGAUACUGCUCCCCAGAGAGUUCUGCUGCCUACACAGAAAGGGCAUGAGGAGCAAAGAAGGGAAGAGCAGCGGAAGUACGGCGUCUUCUUUGAUGAUGACUAUGACUAUUUGCAGCAUCUGAAAGAAGCCUCUGGUCCCUCUGAGCUGGUCCCUUCUGUGCGUGGACAGCAAAGCAGAAUCGUUGUUACAAAUGAGGGGCACAUAGAAGAUGAAAUUCAGAGAAUUUCAGCUCCAUCUAUUAAGUUACCUUCCUCAGUAUUUGCCACAGAGUUUGAAGAGGAUGUGGGCUUGUUAAAUAAAGCUGCUCCCGUUUCAGGACCACGACUAGAUUUUGACCCAGAUAUUGUUGCAGCUCUUGAUGAUGAUUUUGACUUUGACAAUCCUGAAAAUAUCCUGGAAGAUGAUUUUGUUCUACAAGCAAAUGAACCACAGAAACGGGGAUCAGAUGCUGAGGAUGAAGAUGAAUGGGAAGAUAUGGAGGAUGAUAGUGAUGAGAAGGAUAGUUGCAGUAGUGAUAAAGACUAUGAUUCAGAAGGUCCUUUAUCAGAUGAUGGGGUUAAUGGACAGGCAAAAGAAUUUCUUUUUAUGCAAGAAGAAACCAGGAGUCGUUUCACAGAAUAUUCUAUGACAUCUUCAGUAAUAAGACGGAACGAGCAGUUAACCCUUUUGGAUGACAGAUUUGAGAAGUUUUAUGAACAAUUUGAUGAAGAUGAAAUUGGAGCCUUAGAUAAUGUGGAGUUAGAAGGCUAUAUUAACACAGACAAUGCUCGGUUGCAAGAAGUCCUGAAUGAUUACUACAAAGAAAAAGCAAAGAAUUGUGUGAAAUUGGAUGCUCUUGAACCCUGUGAAGAUUUGGACUCUCCUGCGAAUGAAGAAAGUGAGGAAGAAAAGGAAGAAAUAAUAUCUGUAGUUAUUGAGGAACCAAAAGAGAAGUGGGAUUGUGAAUCCAUCUUGAGUACAUAUUCAAACUUAUAUAAUCAUCCGACCCUUAUUAAGGAGCCAUCAAAGCCCAAGCCAAUAAAAAUUUCUCAGAAGACUGGAAUUCCUCUACAUAUCUUGCCUCAGAAAGGUCUUACCGCUAAGCAGGUUGAACGCAUGCAAAUGAUUAAUGGCAGUGACCUGCCAAAAGCAUCAACACAACCUCGUUCCAAAGAUGAGAGCAAAGAGGAUCGCAAGGCUAGAAAACAGGCAAUAAAAGAGGAGCGAAAGGAACGCAGAAUGGAGAAGAAAGCCAACAAACUUGCCUUCAAACUGGAGAAAACGAGGCAAGAAAAAGAGUUACUCAAUCUGAAACAAAACAUUCAAGGACUGAAGCUGUCUUGAAACUGAGAAGCUUAUUGUGGAAACAUCCUUAAGUUCUGAUUUGUAUUGAGAAGGGAACUGCCAACUGGAGAACCUUGCCAGUCCUGCUUAAAGGGAAUUGUUCAGAUCUCUCUGUAACAAGACCACAGUAACUUGUUAUUCUUUCUGAAAUUAAAUUCUACAUAAAACAAUGUGUUAGGGAUGUUUAUUCUGUCAUGAAUGACAAGGCAACUGUUGCAAAGUUUCAUUACAGUAUAUAUUAAAAUAAUUAAAAAUAUUUUUGUUACACACUGAACAGAGUUUUAUAUAUAUAUAUAUUUGUUGAAUGUAUUCAGCAAAUCAGCAGAAUCCUACAGAUUUGAUCUCAUUAGAUUCUUCUAUUAAAUUAUUUCAUUUUACAUAGCAAUAUUUUCAUUUAUGUCUUCUCUGCCUUAUACUGAUGGUUGAAUAUAGUGCCUUGAUAUAGCACAGUUUUGUAAGUCAAGGAGUUUUCACCCACUCCUCCUUGGUUCUUUUCUGGGUAGGUUAUUUGUUGUUUUGGUACUAUUACAAAAGCUGUAGAAUAACCUUUCCUGAGCAGAGGUGUCUGAAAAGCCCUUGUGGAGCUAGACAUCCCUGUUACUUAACCUGACUUUUAUGUUUCAUGGCAAAUAAAAUCUGUUUCAACAA